AUAAUUCAGUAUUUACUGUAUUCAAUGGUAUACCAACAUGAUUAUCAUUAAUCAAUGAUAUAAUAGAAAAGUUUAGCAAUUGUAUUAUUUUAUUUAGCGUUGUAGGUACCUACACAUUGUGGUGUGCAUAACUUAUAGAUUGAUAUGUCAUUUUAGUAAAACGAGAAGAAAUCUGAACAAUUUUUCUGUUGUGUUUCAUACAGCAUAAGAAUAUAUUGUGUGCGACACAUUUGUAAUUGUUUUUACUAUGUCUUUUAGUGUUUUUCUAAUCCUUUUUAACAUAUUACAAAGUAUUUGAAGUGUGAUUCCAAAUCAGUGUUGAAUAUAUAUAUUUGUAUUUUUUGUUUCUUUAACUUAUACUUAUCAAAAAACAACACAAUGUCGUAUAUGUUAUCUCAUUUACACAACGGAUGGCAAGUGGACCAAGCAAUAUUAUCCGAAGAAGAUAGAGUAGUUGUUAUUAGAUUCGGACAUGAUUGGGAUCCAAUGUGUAUGAAAAUGGAUGAAGUUCUUUAUAACAUUGCUGAAAAAGUUAAAAACUUUGCCGUCAUUUAUUUAGUUGAUAUUACACAAGUACCUGACUUUAAUAAAAUGUACGAAUUAUACGAUCCUUGUACAGUUAUGUUUUUCUUUAGAAACAAACAUAUAAUGAUAGAUUUAGGAACAGGAAAUAAUAACAAAAUAAAUUGGACAUUGGAAGACAAACAAGAAAUGAUUGAUAUCAUUGAAACAGUUUAUAGAGGUGCCAGAAAAGGAAGAGGUCUAGUUGUUUCACCUAAAGAUUAUUCUACAAAAUAUCGUUACUAGUUUAUUGAAAAAUAAAUUAGAUAGAUAGAUAGAAGUAUUAAUUUAUAUUAUGUAUCAAGGAAAAAAUGUGGUAACUGAGUUUCUGGUAACAAAUGACAGUAUGUUGUGAGUAUGAAUAAAUAUGGUUUUUCAUGUGAUAUAUAUUUAUAUAAUUAAAUUUAAAAUAUAUAUAACUAUAAAAGAAUAAUUUCUUUUUUUAUGAUUCUAUUCACUUUGAAUAUUUUAAUUUUAUGUUUUGAAACAAAUUUUAUUUUAAACUAUAGUAGAACUCCUUUUAUAUGAAUGUUAGGUGACAUUAGGUUAUGAUACAAACUAAUUUAAAUAUUACAAUAUUCUAUAUUUUAUUCAAUUUAAAUUGUGACAAAUUACUUGAACAAUGCAUAUGUAAACAAUAAUAUCAUUACUUUAAAUACAGUUUGUAAAUUUGA